AUGGCGUACUCGUUCCCGGAAGAGGUCUUGGAGCACGUGUUUAGGUUCCUCACCUCGGAUAAGGAUCGGAACUCGGCCUCGCUCGUGUGCAAGUCCUGGUACGACGUCGAGCGAUGGUGCCGCCGCCGUGUUUUCAUCGGGAACUGCUACGCGGUCUCGCCGGAGAUCGUGAUCCGUCGGUUUCCGGAGGUGAGGGCGGUGGAGAUGAAGGGGAAGCCGCAUUUCGCCGAUUUCAACCUCGUGCCGGAGGGGUGGGGCGGUCACGUGCAGCCGUGGGUUAGGGCGAUGUCGAUGGCGUAUCCGUUGCUCGAGGAGAUCAGGCUCAAGCGGAUGGUGGUGACGGAUGAGAGCCUCGAGCUGAUUGCGCGGUCGUUUAAGUGUUUCAAAGUUUUGGUGCUCUCGUCCUGUGAGGGUUUCACGACGGACGGCCUCGCCUCCAUCGCUGCCAAUUGCAGGAAACUUAGAGAACUAGAUUUAAGGGACUGUGAUGUGGAGGACAACAGUGGGCAUUGGCUUAGCCAUUUUCCCGACAGUUGUACUUCGCUGGUAUCGCUUAAUAUCUCCUGCUUAGGCUCCGAGGUUAAUUUCUCUGCCUUGGAGCGCCUGGUCUCACGGUGCCCCAAUCUGAAGACUCUUAGGCUGAGUCGAGCCGUGCCCCUUGAUAAGCUCCCGACCCUGCUGCACCGGGCCCCUCAGUUAGUAGAAUUGGGUACAGUUGCAUAUUCAGCUGAGAUUCAGUCCGAUCUAUUCUCAAGCUUGUCCGAAGCAUUUUUGUCCUGUAAACAACUCAAAGGCUUGUCUGGCUUCUGGGAUGUUGAACCGGCAUAUCUUCCGGCCAUGUAUUCAGUCUGCUCCGGUAUUACUUCACUAAACUUGAGCUACGCUGCAAUACAAAGUGCUGACCUUGUGAAGCUUAUUUGUCAGUGCCGGCAUUUACAACGUUUAUGGGUUCUGGAUUACAUUGAGGACACAGGCCUCGAAGCUCUUUCCGUGUCAUGCAAAGACUUGCAAGAACUUCGCGUGUUCCCUUCCGACCCUUUCGAGGCCGAACCCAAUGUCUUCCUUACCGAGCAAGGACUCGUCUCCGUAUCUGAGGGCUGCCCCAAGCUCUCGUCUGUCCUCUACUUCUGCCGCCAGAUGUCGAAUGCCGCAUUAAUCACCGUCGCUCGAAACCGGCCCAACCUAAUUCGCUUCCGGCUCUGCAUUAUCGAGCCCCGAGCCCCGGAUUACCUGACCCACGACCCGUUUGACGCUGGAUUCGGAGCAAUUGUCGAAAGCUGCAAGGAUUUGAGGCGACUUUCUCUCUCCGGGCUUUUGACAGAUCGAGUUUUCGAGCAUAUUGGAACUCAUGCUAAGAAACUGGAGAUGUUAUCUAUAGCUUUUGCUGGGGAUAGUGACUCGGGCCUUCACCAUGUGCUUUUGGGCUGUGAUAGCUUGAGAAAGCUCGAGAUUAGGGAUUGCCCGUUUGGGGACGCUGCUUUGCUGGCGAAUGCUGGGAAACUGGAGACAAUGCGAUCCCUUUGGAUGUCGUCUUGCUCGGUUAGUUAUGGGGCGUGUAAGGUUCUGGGCCAGAAAAUGCCGAUGCUUAAUGUCGAGGUUAUAGAUGAGAGGGGCCCGCCUCAGACGAGGCCCGAUAGCUGCCCCAUUGAUAAGCUGUAUGUUUACAGGACAGUGGCCGGGAGGAGACUGGACAUGCCUGGUUUUGUGUGGACUAUGGAUGAGAAUGCAGGUGUGAGGUUUGCUUGA